AACUCGUGAUCUGCAUUGUGGUGACAUCACUUGAAACUGCGUUUGCUGUUGCUUUUAUAAAGCAGCCCUCUCAGGCGAUCAGUUUGCAUUCGGAGGUGAAUUAGUGUGUCAGUGGUCAUCUAAAUGAUUAAAACCAUAUUAAGCACAUGGGAAAAUCACUGUCAGAGCAGGCUGCAUCAAAACCAUACCAGGGUGUGAGAGUCAAAGACCCUGUGAAAGAGCUGCUGCGUAGAAAGAGAGGAAAUACAGCCAAAACAGUGCCCCCAACUGCAGUGGUGAUUCCCAACAAUACUUUGCCAACGUAUACACAUGUUGGGUCUUCUGGUUUCCCGGGAUGCAGCCAAAGUGCUCUGAAUGACUCAUCUCUAGAUGUUGGAGCUCUGUGUCCUGGAUGGGUUGCUCAGCCCGGCAGCACAGCUGCUUUUCAGCCCCUGGGUCACUGGGCUCCUCCAGAGUAUUUCCAACAUGAGCAGAGCCUCUCCACCCUCCCCUCCCUUACAAGUGACAUGUAUGUCCAGCCUGUGUGUCCCAGCUAUGCAGUGGUGGGCCCGUCCUCUGUUCUGACGCUGGCCCACGCCCCUCUCUUCACCAACCUCGGGACCAUAAGCUCGUCCAGCUCAGGCCUGCCCCAGAUAGAUGUCCAAGAUGGCUCACUGGCAUACAUUCCAUGGGCCCCACCCAUGUCCCCCUGCCCACAAAAUGUUGCUCCCCAGCCCCUGGCCAUGCCUGUGUCUGUGCCAGAACCAGAACCUCAGCAGAAAGAACCUGCUCCAACCUCAGAGGGAACCCUUGCUUUGGAGAAACUUCUGGAACAGGAGGAAGAUCACAAAGAGCCCUAUACCUGCAGUCCUUCACUGUUUACACAAGACAUUUAGAAUGCCUCGAUCCAUUGUCAUACCUUUGCUCUUCUAAGCACUGAAAUGUCACCUGUGAAGUAUGGAGUCUGCCUUUAAACCAUAAACAUAAAAUCAUAUGUUUUCAUAAUUAAUAAGAAAAGUGCCUUUUUGUGCGUACAGAAAGGAUUUUUUUUUUUUCUGGAGGCACAGGUUUUAGCUUGUUGGGGCAAAAUAAAGACACCAACUUGUUUUGUAAAUACAAAAAACACUUAAAUGUUCAA